CAAAUCUCUCUGAAGAAAGAGUGUGCUUGAGAGAGAGAGAGAGAGAGAGAAUGGUUUCGUUCAGAGGAAAUGACAAGAGAACAGCCAUGUAUAGGAACCUACAAUUCCUUCGUUCAAUCAUCAACUCCCACCAGCGGAAGCGUAAAGCCUCAUCAUCUGUAAUAUUAGAUGCGUCAGUGUACUUACAAUCAGUGAGGCAGACGCUGGAAGAAUUGAAUCAAGCAAUUGCUGCAUCACGAAACCUCAUCGACAACGAUCCAGUGCCCAUGGUUACAGUUGAAGAACGAGAGGAAGGGUUCAUGAUAAAAGUGUUGAGCCAAAGAAGUUGCGAGGGGUUGCUGGUGUUCGUCUUGCAAGCCAUUGAAGAGCUGGGCCUUGAUGUUCUCCAAGCUAGGGUUUCUUGUGCGGAAAGCUUUUGUUUAGAAGCAGUAACUGGAACCCAAAAGGACGAUGAAGAGACUGGCCAUAUGAAAGCGCAACUAGUUGAACGAGCAGUGUCUCAAGCUAUCCAAAGCUGGAAGGAACUUGAAAAUUAAGCAAUAUAUAAUUAAUUAUUGAAUGAUAUCCAGCUAGCGACUCUUGGGGUUUAAAUUUUGUUAAUUUAUUGUUAUUUCUUAAUUUCAGUCUGUCCUUUUAAAGUUUUAAUUUCAUCCUUUUAAUAUUUCAUUCAGAUGGCCAAGUGUUUGCCUUCCGCAGCAUUAAUGAGUCAUCAGUUAUGUAAUAUUGUAAGAUAAUAAUAAAUUUUGUGGAGCUGUCGUGUAA